GCCCCGCCCCUCCUCCGCUGUCACGCGCCCCGCCCCGUUCCAGAGGCUGUGGCCAUGGCGGCGGCGGCGGCCUCGCAGCGAGACCCGGGGGACUGGCAGGACUUCUCGGGCUUCCAGCCCCCCGCGGGGAGCGGUGCCGAGGCCGCCCGCGACAAAGGCAACUGGGGCGGCGGGGACCUGGGAGCGAAGCUGUCGCUGUGCUUUGAGCCCCCGCAGGCCCGGGCCGGCGGCGAGAGCCGCGUCGCGCUGCGGCCCCUCACGGAGCAGAGCGCGCUGCAGGAUGACGAGAUUUGGAAUGCUUUGACUGAUAAUUAUGGUAAUGUAAUGCCAGUUGAUUGGAAGUCUUCCCACACCAGAGCUUUGCACUUGCCAACACUGAAUCUUUCAGAAAAAGGGGUAAAUGAUAACUUGAACCUUGACCUGUCAGAUGAUGAAGAGCUGAGAGAACAGUUGGAUAUGCAUUCCAUCAUUGUUUCCUGCAUCAAUGAUGAACCACUCUUCACAGCAGAGCAGGUGAUUGAAGAAAUAGAGGAAAUGAUGCAGGAAUCACCUGAUCCAGAAGAUGAUGAAACGCCCACCCAAUCAGAUCGGCUCUCCAUACUUUCACAGGAAAUUCAGACACUCAAGAGAUCCAGUACAAACAACAGCUAUGAAGAGAGAGUAAAAAGACUGUCUGUUGCUGAGUUAAAUGAACUGCUAGAAGAAAUUGAGACCGCUAUUAAGGAUUAUUCUGAGGAACUGAUACAGCAGUUGGCUCUACGAGAUGAGUUGGAGUUCGAGAAGGAAGUGAAAAACAGCUUCAUUUCUGUCCUGAUAGAAGUACAAAACAAACAGAGAGAACACAAAGAAACGGCAAAGAAGAAAAAGAAGCUGAAAAAUGGUAGUCCUCAGAAUGGCAAACAAGAAAAAGGUCAUAUGCCUGGAACACGCUUCAGCAUGGAAGGGAUCUCAAAUGUCAUACAGAAUGGCUUCCGCCACACGUUUGGAAACUCGGGUGGAGAGAAACAGUAUUUAACAACCGUCAUUCCUUAUGAGAAGAAAAAUGGACCCCCAUCUGUUGAAGAUCUUCAGACAUUAACCAAAAUCCUGCAUGCCAUGAAAGAGGAUAGUGAGAAAGUGCCAAGUUUGUUAACAGACUAUAUUUUAAAGGCAUUGGUUUGAAAGCUGGAUUGCUCUGAGUUCUGUGUCCUACAUGAAGAGGGCUGCCUCUCAGAAUUAGCCAUGCCUCUCCUUGUGAUAAGAAGCUUUCCGUGGGUAGCACUCAGUAUUUUUUCAUUUGGCACUAUACCUAAACCAGUAUGCAUUUACUUCCUCUGUAUGUGCGUGGAUUUUCUGAUCCCACAGUAAGUCUUCUGGGCAUGACAACUCAUCCAUUUUAACUUAAUAGUGCAAUGAACUGGAGCAAGGAACAAACAUUGUACAGUUUUACUCACAUUGUUCUGGCUUUUUAAAGUCUAUUUUUACAUUGUAUAGCAUGUAGUAAAUCCUCCUGUACAUUUUGUUGUUGGAAGGAGAAGUAAACUUUGAAUGGUGUAAAUAAAAUAAGCCUCAUUUUAAGGAAUCUGUGUUUAAAAGAAUCCUUAGUUCCUAUAGCAAAGAUCCAAAAAGGAUCAUAGUUCGGCUUGAACUAAAAGGUUCAAGUGCAUUCUCCGGGAAGCACUCCAGAACAGUGUUGGUGCAAGUCUGCAUUCAACACUUCUUUUAAAAUGGGAACUUUUGAUUGAACUAAACAACAGCAUUGUUCAUGCAGUGAACAAAUCCAGAUUAUUUGAUGGUUUGGCAUAAGUAAUCAAUGCAUUACCUUUCCUUGUUAUCUAACACAAACAUGCGAGUAAUGUAGUAGUUCAUACUUGUUUUUAUUUUAGUUACUAA